GGUGGAGGAGGAAUGGUGCCUCCUCUUUGCCGUGGUAGGGAUUGGACCAUGACUGGAGGAGCCGGGGUGUCUGUCUCAUUAUCCUGUUGUGCCGGGAGCACUGGGUGUUGCUGACGAUCCCUGAGGAGGAUUGUAGAUUAGAGCAAAGAGGAGGAUACCCUGCACCAAAGCAUGUGUGAUGCCUGCAGCGUCCAUCCACACAGCACCGUCAUCGUGCAAGGUGAAAGCAGGCACAGUGGUACCACCACUGCACCUCGUGUCUCCUCACUCCUCUGAGAUCAGCACCAAGUGACUCUCCAGCAUUGGUGCCCUGAGGCGUUUGUGCCUGCAGUGCUGGUCAGAAGGUCUAUACCUGAGAAAGGUCUUUCUCUUGGAUGGAAUACUCUUUGCUGCUCGCCUGCUGGAGCCUCCCUCACCCUGCCCCCUUCACAGAGCAUACAAGGACAAUCGAGGUACAGCUGGAGAGAACUGGUGCUUUUCUGCAAACUGCAGCAUCUUGUGUUGGUAACCCUGGCAGACCCCAGUCUCUGCUGGUUUUGGGCAAGAUGGGAGCUUUUGUGUGACUGUGCAGACUGUGACUACCAAAAUGUGCGUUAUUUAUACAGCGUAUUCUCCUAUCGCUUUCUAUAGAUUUAUUUCAAAAGGACCCAUGCAAAAGGCUAGCCCUCAUCUGGAAUUUCUGACAAGUUUUGUUGCUGUGUUACUUAACGUUUUUUCACGUAUCACUGUGUGAGCAGAUGGCACUUGCCGUCGGGUUGGGCAGUCGGGCUCCUGGCUGCAUGACUGCUGUAGGAGACCACAACAGUAACUUUUCCGCUAGCUGGGCUGCUGAGGUGGGGACUAGCGCUGGUUGGAUUUUCUGGUCCGCUCCGCCUUCUCUUUUGUUUUAUCUCAAAUAGAGUGCGAAAGAUUCUGAAUUGUGCAAAUUGGCUUAUCGUCUGUAGCUGUGUGACGAGCAGCUCGUGUAUAACAGCCUGGUGUACAAGUCCUUCGGAAACUGUUUGCUUCCAUGGUUUCCCAUUUGUUGUUCGUGGCGUUUGACAGCCUGGCUGAGUUGUGUAGGUUUCUCUCUGCUCCCUGACAAUUUUUUUUUCAGUGGGAGAAAGAUGUUUUUUUGUCCUCCGUGGAUGAAUAUGGGUAUUCAUAAAAAGCACAGACUGUCCAGUCAUGCACAUAAAUAAAAAUCCAUUCAAGAUAAUGAUGAUGAAAUAGGAACAUAACAUGAGUCGGAUAGAUCAUCUUCUGUAAAUCCAGAUAAUAGUGAAGUCUGUAGAAUCUACUUAAUUUAGGCCCUGGUCCUGCAAGCAUUUAUCAGUGUGUGAAUACAUUUAUGUAGCACUGCUGACUUCCAGAUGACUGCUCGAAUUCAUAAGAUUAGUCCAAAGGCUAUGGAAUAACUAGAGUCAUUUUGUUAAAUCUCAUCUAUUUUAAUGUGUCAGCGUCUUCAGGCUGUGGUCAUAUAUAUUUUGUACUUCGUAGGCGGGGGAAGGCUGUCCCAGAGUGAAAAACAAUGUAUAGCUGAGUUGUAAUGGAAACCUGGAUACAAUGAAUAACAAGAGAAGAACUUGAAGGGAAAGAAUGAGAACAGGAAGUCUAAUCUUCAGCUUUUUUCUAUAUAUAGAAAACACCUCAAGGGUAAGCACAUACUGUUUUGUAUAAAUACAUUUAAAAUGUGUUUUGUAGGCACAUAUUUUCAAUGUGUUGUCAUGAUUGGAAACACAUGUAGACUCUGAAAAAUUAUGUGAAGCAUGCAGAGCUCUUGCCCAUGCACAUAAGUAAAAGCUAUGCACGGUGUAUACGUGUGUAAAUAUUUAGCUGGAGGAACAGCCACAUGAGAACUACUUCAGAACAAUCCCCAAGUCAGGAAGCCACAAAUUAUAGGUCUGAAAUUUACCACAUUGGCAUGUCUACAUAAAUAAAACCAACUGGAAAGAUAGGAGGGAGGAAAAAUGCAUUUACAAACAGUAUUAGAUUAGAGAAGACGAAAAAUGCUAAACCCUUUUCUUGGCUCUAAUCAGAAGGCAGGGAGAUUAUUACAGGCAGGAGCUUGCAGACUUCAGCUAAACAACUUCCCGGCUCUGAGUUUGAGUUUUGAUUUUUAUUUACGUGUAUGCAUGCAGAGCUUUACACAUAGUCAUUAUUUUGACAGAGGCCAAGAGGAGGCAUGGUUGUAUUUGUUUUUCCCCUUUCCAGGAACGUUACCAUCUUACUCCCUCUUUAUCUUUGCCAGCUCUUUGGGAUGGGAUGAUGUCAUCAUCUUUAUCUACCUAGUAUCUACCAUGAUGAGGCCUUGAUCCUGACCAAGGGUGUUGGCUGUUUCAUGAAUGUUGAAUUGGGAAGCAGCCAUAGGAAACCUGUAUUUCUGUUGCAGACAGCAGCACUUCAGCUAGAGUAAAUACAACUGAUACUUGUAAAACCACCGAGACAACUGCUAGUUAUCACAAGGCCUUAUACAGGCAUAGGUACGUCACUCCUCUUCCAGUCCUCCCACCCUUAGCCUAUGCCGGAGCAAGCUCCCAGAGCUUCUCUCCCCACUCAGUUGUCAAACUUGCAACUGAGCUGCAGGCAGGCUGCUGGAGGCUUGGAAAAAGUAGCUGCCCAGAAUGAUCGCUCGCUUCUCGGACCCAGGUCUUCCUGGAGCUGGACAAGGACAGCAGGUAAAAUACAAUCCUUUGAACCAAGGAGUAGGAAAAGGGGAUGUCACUAGGUCUGAAGAGAGAAAGCAAAGUGACUGUGUGUGUGUCUCUGGAGUUGUCUUUUCCUUCUAUCUCUCUGAAGAGAAUCGCUGAGCAGAGGUGUAUCUGUCUCUGACGUGGAGCAUCCCCACGUGGUAGAGAAAGUCCGGCGCUCCUUGGGUCUGGAAGGUCUGUAGCACGACCGACGAGAAUGUAGCAAGGACCACUGCUCUUCCAUGUGCAGACUUCUGGGGCUUUGUCCACGUCCUCUGCUUCACCAUCUCAGAGGAUGUAAGGGAAGAGGAGGAGAAGGGAAAGCAUUAUGUAAGUUGGGGAAACUCCCUUAUUAUCGAGCAAUGUCUGAAACUUAAAUGGGGGUGAGGGAGUAAAUGCAAGUGUUUUCUCAAGACCGCAUGUCGUGAAACUAGAAUUGAACGCACAGGUUCAGUUCUAUCACCUGGCUUCUCUGGAAAGGAAAUAUGAGGAGUUUAUUCUGUAAGUGCCUGGAAGCUGGAGGCUUGGCGCAGGGAACUCUUGUGCUACAGGAGAAGGAUCGGUAGGUUUAGAAAUUGUAGUUCUAUCCUUAGGCUCCGCUGUUGGAGAUCAUAAGCGGACGCUGAAUUGACCUUAAGGAAAAUGACUGUGAAGAAUGCGUUGGCGUAAAUGUUGAUACGUGUCAACUCCUGGGAACUGCAGUGCCGGUAGGACCUGGACCAGAGGUGUUUCUGGGAGAGGGCACCUCCUGUUCUGGCACCGAGAGCUGACAUCUGUGUCACUGUAGCUAUGGCAUUGUAAUCAGCUUUAUUAACUUAAAGUCAUGAGAGUUUGGUCAGCAAUCGGUAAGAUGUAAAGGUCAUCUUUUUAGUUCCUCUGGUUGAAAGGCUAAAUCCUGCUAUUAGUGAGGUCGAUUGAUCUCAAUUGGCAUCUAAUAACAAAUACUUGUUUUGGGUGGUGCCUGGGGACUGCAGUCCCCACAGCUGUGGAGCUGAAGUUCCCUAUAGUGUUUAGUGGAUUUAUGUCUGCUCUUCGCAGUGCUUCCAUCCGCAGGAGAGCACAGCGGUGUCUUUCUUUGGGUGAUUUGGGGAACUGAGAUGGAGGUAAGCCAAGUUUGCUCAGCACUGCAAAGCAAAUGGGGGAAUGAAAGCCCUUGAAUUGAGCUCUUCUACAGCUGGGCUGUCUUCCCUGUUGUCAGUCUCUUAACUAUUCAGUGGCUGUGGAUUACUCAGUAGUACAUGGUGGUGGUAACUACCAGUUAUUCAGUUCUUGAAAUGACCUCUGCUUGAUGGGGUUCCUAUGCCUGCAGAGAAUUUGUCUGAACUGUAUUUAAUGAAGGACAUGAAAAACUUAAGUCUGCAAAUUAGCACUGAGAAAAACAUCCGGUUGGAUAUUUCUCUGUCCAGAAAGAGUUUCAAUUUUCUGUUAAGAUUUUGAUCUGUUUGGAGUGAUUCCACUUUUUUUUUUUUCCACUAAUAGAAGUGGUCAGGGACUAAAUUUUAUUUCUGUUUAAAUCUUCUGGUUUAGAAUGCACACAGUUCUCCUUACUGAAGAAGGGGGAAGGAAAUGGUUUGAUCUGUGGGACGGAAAAGUUGUGUAAAGAGAGGCUCAAGGUUUGCAGUUUGUGAUGUUUCCACUGCCCACUCCAUUGUGCGUGGUCUCUUUGGGGACAAGAUACACAUACUGUUGUCCCCCUCUGCAGCAGAAGGCUGAGCUGCGGGAGGGGGAGACUCUGCUGGGUUGUAAUGAUUGGAACAAAGAUGUUAUCCUCGACAGAUUUUGGUAGAGUCAGAUUUAUAUGUGGCAAUUCUUUCAAAAUAUUUUCCUAUGUAUUUCCCCAAAGCUUUUUAACUGUAUGUAAAGUUCCUUUUAGAUUUUCCUAUAUGUGAUAAGGCAGGAUUGGGAAACAACGCUUAAAUAUUUAACCUGACUACGAUUCAGGGGGUUAAAUGUUGGUUAUAACUCGUACUUUCUUGAAUAUCUUGUACAUCUGUAAUCUCUAACAUCUUACACAACUGAGUGCUUUUCGAGCAUGACCAUGCUUCUAUCGUGCUUUGAUUAGAUGGAGCCGAUGCACAGAAACUAGAUGUCUUAUUAGACUCUCCUUAUCUCAUCUCAGAGCAUAAGAGGUCCAAGGGAGCCUCCCACCGAAACCUGAGCCCUGCAUGCAAGCGCAGGUCCCUACUUCCCUCUCUGCUGGAGGAGGUCACUCCACCAGCUGUCCCGUUCUGCUCUUAAAACCAGCCCUUCAUCCAGCAAUUCAACACAGUGGCUGGACCAGGAAGUAUGCUGCUGAUAUAAAUCGUCCAUGGUCCGAUGUAUAGUUAAUAGUUAAACGCUCUAUGGCUGAGACAAAUUUUUUACGUGGGGUUAGGCUAUAGAGAAAUCAUGAACUGCUGCAGUUGAGUGUUUCUGGCAGACAGCCUAAGGGAUGGGAGAGAAAGGCUUUCGUAAAUACACUGAUGCAGAAAUGUAUGCUUAAUGUGUGCAUGCAAAUACAUAGUAUUUAUUAUACAAGUAGCUUUGCAUAGCAGGAGAGGCGAGCAGCUGUUCUGCAUAUGGCUGGGGCAUGGUGCUGCUUCCUAGCAGAGCCCGUCCCCUGCCCCCUCCUGCUGGGUGCCACCAGGUCCUGCCCUCUCCUGCCAGGUGCCACCAGCCCCAGGUCAUGGCAGCAGCACCCUGCUGCCUACUGCAGCCUCCCUGGCUCCUGUGGCUGUGCAGGCACUGCAGGGGGGGCAGUUCCCCGAGCCCUGGCUUUCUGGUGAAGUUCUUGUUCUUUUUAUUAUUAUUAUUAUUAUUAUUAUUAAUCUUCCAGUUCAGAAUUUCUCAGAAAGCGAACAUCAGCACUUAAUCUAUAGGGAUUUUCCUUCUGAGGGUGGAGAAAAGCUUUCAAUUAUAAAGAUUGUUUAGUAGGUAGCACUUGUUGAGAAGAAAGAAAACAUCCUGGAUAAAAUUUUAAUUCCAGAUGUCAGUAACAAAAAAUAACGUGCUUAGGGGGAAUGCCAAAGAAAGCAUUGCAUCUCUUAUCUUCAUUAGACUAAACAAGUGUAGCUCUGUUACUGUCGAUACCAUAAAUGACUCCUUCCUGGAAAGAUUAACAAGCCAAGCCAUAAGAUAAGAGUCUUCAGGUGAGCCUAAGCAAUGCACGGCAGCCUGGUAUAAGAUGUAAAAACCACUCUUCGGGAGGAACCACAGUGACUUCAAAUUCAGCAUCAGUCUGGUAGUUAGGAAACAAAAUAAGGUAACUUUAAAAAGUGGACCAAAAUUAUAUGAGAAUGUGCGUUGAGAGAAAUUGCCCACCUGGGCAAUUGCAGCAAGAAAGAGGAGUAAGGAUAUGUGAGAGAAGCUACUCUGCAGACACCCAGGUCAGUGAAGGAGGAGGAGAAGGAAGUGUUCCAAGUGCUGGAGCAGAGAUUCCUCUGCAGCCCUUGAAGACCAUGGUGAGGCUGGCUGUCGCCCUGCAGCCUCUGGAGGGUAAUGGUGGAGCAGGUAUCCACCUACAGACUGUGGAGGAUGCCACGCCGGAGCAGGUGGUUGCCUGAAGGAGGCUGUGACCCUGUGGGAAGCCUGUGCUGAAGCAGGCUCCUGGCAGGACCUGUGGAGCCGUGGAGAGAGGAGCCCACAUUGGAGCAGGUUGUGGCCCCGCAGGGGACCCACGCUGGAGCAGUCUGUUCCUGAAGGACUCCACCCCAUGGAAGGAACCCACACUGGAGUAGUUUGUGAAGAACUGCAGCCUGUGGGAAGGACUCAUGUUGCAGAAAUUUCGUGGAGGACUGUUUCCUGUGGGAGGGACCCCACACUGGAGGAGGGGAAGAGUGUGAGGAGUCCUCCUCCUGAGGAGGAAAAAGCGACAGAGACAAUGUGUGAUGAACUCACCACAUCCCCCAUUCCCUGUCCCCCUGCGCCACCCAGGGAGAGGACAUAGAGAAACCAGGAGUGAAGUUGAGCCCAAGAAAAAAGGAAGGCUUUCCCACUAAACUUUGAAACCAUUCAUGGAAGCUGAUGGCAACGCUCUUGUUCCCUUGCGUCAGAAGACAAAAAAGAAAAGUCAAGGGUUCUUUAUAAUGAGCCGACGGAGGAUAUCGUGUAAGGAGCUGGGGCAAGCCGAUUGCCAAGGAUGGCUCUACAAAAAGAAGGAAAAAGGAGCUUUCAUUGGCAACAAAUGGAAAAAGUUCUGGUGUGUGCUGAAGGAGUCAUCGCUGUAUUGGUACAGCAGUCAGCUGGCUGAAAAAGCAGAAGGAUUCAUCAGACUUCCAGACUUCAGUGUGGACCGAGCAAUUGAAUGCAAAAAAAAGCAUGCUAUUAAGAUCAGCCACCCACAGAUCAAGACAUUUUAUUUUGCGGCAGAAAAUGUUCUGGAAAUGAACACGUGGCUAAGCAAGCUGGGGAUGGCUGUAGACCCUCAGGCACCCAAUGGGAAGAAUGAGGAUGAAUGCUACAGUGAAAGUGAACACGAUGAUCCAGAAAUAACAGACACGCCACCUCCCCCCUACACAGUCCAGCCACCUCCGCCUUCGCAGGAUCAGCAGAAGUCGUCUUUCACCUCGACUCUGUCAAGUGAAGCAUCUUGUACUCUCUCCUCUCCUGAAAGCACUCUCAUCUCCCAAGAGUCGUCUUCUUCCUUGACGUCCAAAGUGGUUUAUUCCGAAAGGCAGUCCUGGCUUGACCUAGUUAACAGCUCUGCUGCAGAAGAGGGUGAUCAGCCCUUAACUUUCUGUGUACAGAUUCAUUCUGAUGAGCCGCCAGAAGUAGACUGUGGAGAAGCAUCAGAAAGCCAGGAAGUCCAGCUUUCCAAACCCAAUGGUGGAUCCCAAAACUCUUUUUUAGGUGUGGAUACACAUUGUCUAGCUGUGCCAGAUGCAACAGGACAGAGAUGGCUAGCCAAAGAUCAGGAAAAAUGUGAUGAUGAUGAGAUGGAGCGACUUUACAAGUCAUUAGAACAAGCAAGCCUGUCUCCCAUUGGUGACCGUCGGCUGUCAACAAAGAAGGAGCUUAGGAAGUCAUUUAUCAAACGCAGCAAAAACCCUUCCAUUAAUGAGAAACUCCACAAAAUUCGAAUGCUGAACAGCACAUUAAAGUGUAAGGAACAUGACCUGGCCACAAUCAACCAGUUGCUAGAGGACCCAAAGUUGACGGCAAUGAAGUACAGAGAGUGGAGGAACACAAACAUCAUGCUGGUCCAAGAUAUCUAUCAGCAGCAAGAGGUCCAGGACGUGUCCACAGAGAAUAGCGAGGAGCAAGAGACAACUCCACAGCCUAUCGCUGAAAGUGCUAUCUGAGGCCAUGGUUCAUGGCAAAAUUUUUUCCCCACGGGACUUCACGUACAGGCACUUUAAACUGCUGCAUUUUGAGGUUUGUUUCUUCCAAGCGUUCUCUGAAAUGAAAACAACCCCUUCUCCAAAGCUUUAAUUCCUUUUGCAAAACUUACUUCAUGUCGAAAAAGCAAAUCUCCCAAAUUAAAAAAGCAUGCUUGAACGUGGGCUGCAUACCUAAGACGACUGUUUUUUGAAGCAGCAAAGAAAUGUUUUUCCAUCUUUGGAGAAGUAAAUUAAAUAUUUCCAACUCCUGGAAGUCACAGAACUGUAUAAUAUGAACCGUAUGAAUGUGAGAUCCUUGGGGUUGUUUUGACCAUGUAACUUACUGUUAAAGGAAGCUACAACAAUGCCAACAGGACGUAGUCUACUCUCUACCUUUUUACUCUGUAAGGUAACCUGAUGUAUGCAUUUUCAUCUCUACAUUCACCCACUUUCACCUCUCUACCAGUUUAAACAGAGACAAAUAGAUUAGUAAUUACGCAUGAGUUUAUACUACAGACAGCUGUCAGGCACACAGUUUGGGCUCUGCCUGAUGUUUUAUGAGUUUCAAAUUUAUUUAUGGACUAGGCCAAGGUACUGUCUUUCUACAUGAAGAAGAGAAGGUCUCUCAAUGUUUGCUAACAUGUAAUUUACUUUUCAGUGAGGCAGCUAAUGCUUCAACAAGUUUCAAAUUUUCUUAUGGACUUGGCAGAAUUCCUUGGAAGAUUAUUUUCUUUUUCUUAUUUUUGACAAUUGUGACUGUAUAAGGUACAAGUUCAUCCCAGAUUCCUACUCGGGAAGGUGAUCAAGUUCACAAGGCAGAAGCUAAAAAAUAAUUAAAUUCCUGAUGUGGACCUAAAAGUGUAAAACAUAGCUGCAAAUAUUUUUGUAAAUAUAUGUCAUUUUAUGGCUUAUAUGAAUGUGACUAUGUACUGUAUAUAUGUUUUAUUUAUAUAUUUAUAUAUGCUGAAUUUCCUAAUGAACACAUGGACCAGACCCACCCAGAUGAGAAUGCUUACAGCUUGACUUGAAAUGCCUCUUUGGUUUUUUUUGUUCCAUUAUGAAUCACAGUAAUGGCUCUACAACUGAGACCACCCUGGGGUGUCUGCUGUAAGUUUUUCUUCUGGCUUUCUAGCUUUGAGUUUUAGAUGAAGAAAAUCUGUACUAUUUAGGGCAGGAAAAGAAGUUUUCUAUAAAAUGCGGAAUUUCCCUGUGGGCAAACAAAAAUGCGUAUGUUAAGAGGUUUUGCUGCAGGAUUACAACUUUGUGGCUUCAUUGUCCUCAGUACAACUUGGGUUUUUUGCCUUCACAUCUUAUGCAUGUGUACAAGUAUGAGGAACUUUGCAGAGUGCUAAAUUUUGAAAAACAAGAAUUAGCUUACUGAUCUCAAAUGAAUGCUGCUACAAGAAUGGUGGCAGUCUUCACUUCUGUUGGUUAUUUCAAAAAGAUAUGCCUUGUCAUUAGUUUUCAACAUAGUUUAUCUUUUAAAGCAAAAUACACUAUACAGAUGCAGCCAUAUUCACCUGUCUUUAUACACUGUAUGUUUUAUCAUAGCUUGAUUGAGAAAACAAAAAUUAAUAGUGUUAGUGGGAACACGUGAAGUCUUUUCCACCUGUGUAGCGACGUAUGACUGUUGUUAUUGUAUUUUUAACACUCAGCAGCUUUCCUUUCAAAAUAGAGACAUGGAAUUAUCUCCCAAUGCAUCCAAAAUUGGCAGUUAAGGCUGCGUUGAGUGUGAGAACUGAGGAGCAGACAGUAAGCUAUAAAAAGGGGGAAACGGAAGAAAGAAUGUAGGCUCCUUUGAUAUGGCUUUAAUGGUAGAGGGCCAGGCAAAAUGGGGGCUGGUUGAAUGCAGAAGCAGGGCUAAGCUUGGGGAUAGCAUCACUGCCUCAGGUAUAAAUGGGUUUAGAAGUAUGAGGGUGAGGGCUGAUAUUGGGUCAGUUCUUAAUAACUGGUGCUAGUCUUCCAGUGGGGAGAAAAUGUUAGCUGCAACCUGGAAGUGGGUGACAAUGACUAAGUGGGGAAGCAGGCAUAAACCUCAGGUUGGUUAAAAAGCUAUUGUUUUCAGGAAAUUGUCACAUGAGUGGUAAUUUCAUCACUUUAGUAAUUCUAACUAGAAGUUGAUAGAAAUUAAGCAAACUCAGUACCCGUUGCAAUUUGCUUUAGAGUAAUCACUUCCUAAAAAUUAAGCCCAUUUUAAGAUUUUUUUAUCUUUCACCAUUCCCCGAAGACCCUCUGGAUUGUGGACAUUUGCGAGUGUCCUGCUCCUGAAUUAAAUUCUUCAAAGCAGAUACGUGGGUGGGAGCGGGAUAACCCUUGCAUUUGACAUGAUGUCGAUUAACUGCUGUGCACACGCCGCUUAAUCCAUCUCAAUUUUAACUACUUGGUGCUAAAUAAUUGAUAAAUAAUGGAGAGCAAAUUGAACUUUCUCUUGCAGGUGCAGGCCAUUCAGUUUCUCAUGAAACAAAGCAUGUAAAAACCAUUUUUCUUCAAAAGCAGAUUCACUUAGAUCUUAAAAACAAACACGUGCUUAAGAGGCCUGUCGAACUGGGCCAGACUAGUCAGUGCCUUGCAGUUCUGAGCAAAGUCCUAAUCGAUGCCGUUUGCUGAAGUAGAUUUGCACUAUACAAAGGAAAGCACUAUGUGGCCUGCACACUCUGUGUUGGCUCUUUUCACGCUGUGCUUGUAUAAGCAUAUACAAAACAGGUUUCCCAAAUACAGAGACAGACAAAUGUCCUCCCACUGCCCAAACUCUACUAUUGGUUUUGAUAAGAAUGCCUAGCCUAAAACAGCUUUUAAAUUACUCUCUUUCACCUGGUGAGUAGAUAGUUAUUGUUGAAUCAUUGAUUUUUUGAAAACCUGCUGAGGAUGGGCUGUAUCACCCUCUUUGAAAAUAACAGAAAACUGUUGAACUUCAAUGCAGUUGUUUUAACAAAUUUCUGUGUGUUCAAGAAAACAAAUGUAUGAGUUUUAUGCAAGCGCGGUGCUGGGAGUCUAUCUCCAUUCUCUUCGGCUACUAUUUAGGCCUGAAACAAAUGGAAAGUUUGGAAAAUGUGAAGUGGAAAUUGUAGUAAACCAGGACUGAUUAUCCAGCACUGCUAAUUAACGUGGCAGUUUUGACCUGGUGCUGGAUUCAUCACAAGGGGCUGCGCAGCCAUGUGAAAGCCACAGUCGGAGAAAGAAGCGUGCACAAGCCGACAGCUACAACUAGUGGAUGCAGCGGUGAGACACCGCGGCAGGAGGAACUUGGACAACUCUGUGCUCUGCUCGGUGAUGCUUAGGGGAAACGGUAUCUGUUGGUCUGAACAUGGAAGGCCUGCGCUACUGAUUCAUAGUGUAGGGAAAGUGUGCAUCCCUAGUGAAUGUCUAAGUCUUUAACAAUCUGCCUCAUGGGACUUGUUUUCUGUAUUUUUUUUUGGAGAAAAUGUGUGGGUAUGGAUGUGUGCACAUGCACGCUUAUUCCUGUGUCAGUAAAGCCUUUUAGUAUUGGCGCGACUGUUGGUCCAGCUAUAUGGAUUUCAGAGUGACUAAUGACAGUAUCUAAUUUCAGCUGUUUCUGCAGCCUGUCUCUGGUGGCUUUUCUGAAAACUGAAUCUCUCUGUUUUGGUGGCAUAGAUCUCACGAGCUACAAGAAUGAGCUGGGAUCGCACUUCCUUUCCUAAGACGGGAAAGGUUUCAUGUGGGGACAGUAAAUCGUUCUGCAUCUAGUCCUGAUCAUUUACUCAAUACUGGGUUUUACCUGAAGCAGAAAUAAAUAGGAAUAAAUGAUGUGCUACAACCUUUUUUUUUUUCCCUGGAUAAUUUUCUUACUGGAGAAAACCUUCAUAUUGAGACAAAAAGCUGUUUUGGGACAGCCAGGGAGGGAGGGAAAAAAAAAGGGGUGGCAUUUGAUUUAAAGCUAUGUAGAAUUGCAGAACUUAAAGUGAUUUCUAACUAGGAAAAAUUAUGGGCAUGCUGUGACUAUUGUGUGAGCCUGUAAGUUUACAUGUCUAUUACAGAUAUAAUAAAAAAACUUCUAUUUUUUAGCUCUUAAAGUAGCAAGAGAGUCCAUGUAAGCAUACUGCUAUGUGAGGAACUCCAUGCACUGUGGUUGAAAUUUGGGGUUUGGGCUUUUUUUAAUUUUUGUUUUGCUUUUUUGGUGGCACAGAAAUGACCAAUUGCAAUGAGAGCCUGGGCUUACCUCAUUUGUGAGAGGCAUGUCUUUCUGUUCACAGGAAGCCAAAGUGGUUUUCUCGUAGUAGUAGAGCCAAAGUGGUAUUUCCUGUUGUGUGUGGGGCAUUUUGAAGCAGCAGACGCUUUAAGAUGUCAGUCAGCAUUUCCUUGACGGCUUUAAGAUUUAUCUCAUUUUGGUCUGCUCCAAGCUGCCACGUUCUUGCAUUUUUAAGAACCAGCUUCAUUAUUCACUAAAACAAAAACUGAGGUGAAAAAAGAAAAUGAAAAACAGAACAGAAAAGCUCCGAGCUAAAAUGCGGCUGAAAGUCUUUCCUCUGUGCAUAAGGGUAAUGGGAGUUAAGCUUGCCAAAAGCUAUGCAUUUCAACACUGAAAAAAAGAUUGUCAGGUGUUGAGGAGAGUACUACAUUCCUUGAAUUUGCUAUGGGAGAAGUUCCAAGACCUGUCUGCUUUGGAAAAAUGAAUAUUUUUCUAAUUUAUUUCUUCCUGGUAAAAAUCCGAAGGGAGAGGCUUAUAAGCUGGCAGAAAGUUAAAAAUGAAAUAUGCGUGUAACCCAUUGACAGUUCAUCAGCCUUGAGGUAUUACCUUGAAAUGAUUGACUUUAGAUGACUCAGCCUUUAACGCAGAAAAUCCAUUUCUUUGGGAAACCAUUAUAGCUACCACAGUGUCUGAGGUUUAUGUACCCCAUCCAGCACGCGUGAGGGCUAUUUUGAGGAUGUUGCUGUAUGGCAUUUCUAUAGGGCAAAUAGUUUACAUCACAUCAUACCUUAGGAAACGUGAACUCUAAUGCUCCUUGUGUCCUAGAUGCCUUACGACCUGCCCAAAUUAUUCUGAUUCCUGAAGUUGCUUAUAACAGUUUUACUUCCUCCCACCUAAAAAUAAAGAGGAUAUGAAAACCCCACUCUCAUGUGAAGAGAAACUAGCGCUAAUCUAGCAAAUCUAGCAAAAUAACUCACCUGACGAAAUGCCAUACAUGUAUAAUAAUAGCAGUGUUCUUGUGCAAAGCAUUCAAAUGCUGAGGAUUGGACAAAAGGAGGAAUGGGGGUGUCUAUUCCAUUACCCUCUGUGUAGACAGGGAAAGCCAUGCAUGGAGCCGUAUUUGCAAGGAUAUCUGUCAGGCAGGGGCACGGCCUGCAGCACCAUGAAGGUAUAUGGAAUGUCAAUUUGGUAUUUUAUCUGCUAAAUCUAUUUUUUUUUUCCACUGGUUUCAAACUCAAAGCACAAUGUUUGCACUCAGCGCUGCCUUUUUACUGCUUGUUGCCCACACAUGUGACUUGAUUUUAAUGGAAUGAUACACACAUCUUGCAGAAUGAGAGCCUUAUGUUUGCACUUGUCAAUUAAACACUGAA